CAACAAUACAUGUACCCGUAUUGAACCGUUCAAUACGGAGCUUUCGGUUCGGGACGCAUAUGUACCGAACAAUACAGUAUUUUUUAUAUUUAUUUUUAUCCAUUUUUCUUCUGACGAUGAGAUCCAGUGGAUCUGGGUGAUCUGCGUUCGACUACUCCGCCUGAGGUCGCAUUGUCGAGCGCAGAUCCACUUAGCGCCGCCCACAUGCUUGAUAGCGGCGAGACAUGAGAAGUUAGCUAAUUGCUAGUCAUGGCAGCUGCCUCAGCGGUCCCCGAGAUUGAACCCCCUCCUCCGUCUUUCAGAUCUACAGUUUGGAACUUUUUUGGCUUUCAUGUGAAGCGUGACCCUGAUGGUAAGCGCGUCGUGGACAAAACUACCACAGUAUGUCGGAGAUGCCACACAAUGCUUAAUUACGUCAGCGGGAACACAACAAAUAUGACUGUACAUUUACGCCGACAUCACCCUGAUGCAAAGACAAGUGGAGUCAGGGAAAAACAGCAACAACCAAGCAUGCAAAAAGCUCUUCCCGAGUCAUUUAGACAGCCGUUUACACGUGAUUCCAAGAGGGCAAAAGAAAUAGACAGGGCGAUAGCUACUUUUAUUGCUGUCGACAUGCGACCGUUUUCUGUAGUAGACAACAUCGGGUUUCGGGAGAUGCUGAGAGUACUUGAGCCCCGUUACAAUCUUCCUUCACGAACGUAUUUCACCGAGACCGCAGUUCCUGCUUUGUACAAUGAGACGAAAGCCAAAUUAGAGACGGCAGUGUCAGCAGCACCCGCUGUUGCUCUGACCUCAGACGGCUGGACGUCAAGAGCUACACAGAGCUUCCUGACCGUCACCGCACAUUAUAUUGAUGCAGAAUGGCAAAUGAAAAGCAGUGUUCUGCAGACACGCCUCAUCGAAAGUCACGCCACAAACGACUUGGCCAAAGCUCUGUCAGAAGCAGUGGAAGACUGGAAGUUAGUGCGAGCAAAAGGUACUAUACCUGUAACUACUGACAACGCCAAGAACAUAGUUAAUGCUGUCACAGCUGCUGGGCUGGGGCCACAAAUUGGAUGCUUUGCACGUACCAUUAAUAUAGCAGCUCAGAAAGGAAUGGCAGUGUCGAAAGUUUCCCAUCUCCUUGCAAAGAUGAGGAAAAUAGUCACCUUUUUUCACAGAAGCACAACAGGACACAAUGUGUUGAAGAGAAAACAGGAGCCGCUACAGCUUGGUGAAAAAAAACUGAUCCAAGAUGUUUCAACCAGGUGGAACUCCACCCAUGACAUGAUGGAAAGAUACCUUGAACAGAAAGAUGCAGUGUUUGCUGCUAUGGCUGACAACACUGUGAAGAAGAACAUGAAGAACAUAAACAGUCUAUCUGAUGAUGAACACACACUGGCUGAAAAUCUUGUUGCAGUCAUGAAAACCCUAAAAACUGUCACUAUCAUGAUGUGUGAAGCAUCAUCUCCCACAGCAUCCAUGAUCAUGCCACUUAAAAUAAGCAUACUGAACUCCAUGGCACAGUCUGAUGAUGACAGCCCAACAGUGAGAGAUGUAAAAAAAAAACAUCAGGGAUGACCUGGAGCAGAGAUACACAGAUCCUGCCAUUCAGCAUUACCUCCACAAGUGCACGGCUUUAGAUCCUCGCUUCAAGUCCCUGCGACACUUGGAUGAUGCCACUCAGCUGAGAAUUUUUGCAGCACUCAACACAGAGAUUGUCCUGAGCAUUGAAGAAGGUCAAGCUGCAGGCAACACAACAACAGCCCCCUCUACGGAUACUGAAGCACCACACUCUUCAGAUUCACCAUCAUCAUCUCCACCAGAGAAGAAGUCAGCCAUGAAGGAGUUGUUUGGAGAACUGUUCAUGGGACAGGAGCCAAGGACCAGAUGUUCAACAGCUGAUGCUGGUUAAAGAAGAAGCUCCUGGUGAGGACCAGCAGGACCCAGAACACCUUCACAUAAAGGAGGAAGAGGAGGAGCUCUGGACCAGUCUGGAGGGAGAGCAGAUCCAUCUGAAGGAGGAGACUGAUGCUGCCAUGUUUCCAGUCACUGUAGUUACUAUAAAGAGUGAGGAUGAUGAAGAGAAACCUCUGAUCUCACAGCUUCAUCAGCAGCAGAUAGAAGAC